AUGGGCUCGCAGAACUAUCGACUCGGGCCUCUUGGGUUCUUAAAUGGGCAGCAGAUGGCAGAGCUCGACUUGCUCAAUCUCGGAAUGUUGGAUCAGCGACUGGCAUUGCAUUGGAUUCAAGAUAACAUUGCGGCAUUUGGAGGGGACCCUAGUAAAGUAACAAUAUCUGGAGAGUCUGCCGGGGCUGUCUCGGUCUACUCCCACAUAAUGGCGUAUGGAGGCCGAGACGACAGGCUCUUUCGGGCAGGGAUCAUGGAAAGCGGCGGUGCUUUCCCUCUAACUUCUGCUAGUACAUCGUCUUUCCAGGACACCUUUGAUGGUCUCAUAACAAACACCCCCUGCUCCUCCUUCGCAAAUGCCCCGCCCGCGGAACAACUCGACUGUAUUCGAAAGCUUCCAAUUAAGACAUUCCUCUCGAGCGUAGGUCCAGGCACGGGUCAGUCAAUCGAUGGUAGCUUCACACAGACCUCGAUUCACUUCGCGUUGUCGGCGGAAAAUUAUGUCAAAGUUCCCACAAUAGUCGGAACAAACACAGACGAAGGAACCAACUCAGCCCCAACGGGAAUAAACACCACAGCGCAGCUGCGCGGCCCUCUUGCCGAUGGCUUCCACAGACCCAAGCUCCUCCCCAACUCAACCGUAUCCAAGCUCCUCGCCCUAUACACCAACGACCCACGCCACGGCUGCCCCUACAACACCGGAUCCACUCCCCUGACCUCCGGAAAACUAGACAAGAAAGCCUGUUCAAUCUUUGGCGACAUCGUGCAAAUCGGACCCGCACGCAUGAUCGCGCAAUGGCUCACCAAAAACAACCGCAACAGCAGUAGCAGCGCCCCAGUAUACCGGUACAGGUUCAACCACCUCCCUCAUGACACGGGUGCAUCAAAUAUAACAGCCGGCAUUGGGACAGGCAUUGAGCAGCGCUACGUCUUUUCGAAUCUCGUCCCUGACCAUCCAUGGGACCGGGCGCUGGCGUAUGAACUUAGCUGUGCUUGGGUUUCAUUUGUGCAUGGGCUCAAUCCAAAUUGCCGGGGAGAUAGUACGCUUCCGGAAUGGCCUGUGUAUGGGGCGGGCCGUAAGAGCAUGGUGUUUAGUGGAUAUGGGUCGAGUAUUGAGGAAGAUACAUUUCGGGGCGAGGCAAUUGACUAUAUUAUAGAGAAUGUAUUGCCAUAUGGGGCGCUUUAA